AUGCUCUAUCUUUAUCUCAAAACUCCUCAACAAAAGUCGUUGACUUACUCUGCCGACCACUGUUCUCCGCAUCUCCAACUUCUUGCAUUCCCAUGGUCUGUCAAUAGGAUCCAAUUCGCCAAAGCUCGGGGCUCGGAUUGGCGGAACGUAAUGGGGGCUAGGGGGCCUUGGCCUCCCCGAAAAUCUAUUCGGGUCGCCGGAAAAAAAACACCUAAUCUCACCGGAAAUAACGCAGCAGCCCAACUGCGUCUUCACCACCGCUCCCGUCUUCAUAUUGUCGCCUUUUCUUGCUCUCUAUCUCUCUCUGCCAGUCAUCGCACAUUUUCCGCCUCUGUAAGCUCUACCUCCCCUCCCUUCUGGUCGUCGCCUCGCCGAAAACCGCUCACAUUCCGUUGUACACUUGCCGGCUGCUGCUAUCCUAUCUGCCGAAGUAAGAUAUACCAAAGGGGAAGCAUGUUAAUAAGGUAGUGCAGGGGAUGUAUUGGAAGGUGAUCCAGUUGGAAGGUUAAAAGUGUUUGUUUAUGAGCUUCCAAGUAAAUACAAGAAGAAAAUUUUACAAAAAGACUGAAAUUUACAUGCACAAAUUCCUGUUAUCAAGCCUUGUUAGAAACCUAAAUCUAGAAUAAGCCGAUUGGUUUUGCACCCCUGUUUACACCACUUCCGAACUAAGAAACCGUAUAAAGGCAAGCAUCUUACUUUUAUGUUGGUUUUCAAUGAUAUGGAUGACUACGAGGUUGUUUGAAAUGUUGGAAGGGGAAAGUACAGUGAAGUUUUUUAGGGCAUAAAUGUCAACAGCAACGAGAAGUGGGUAAUCAAGAUUCGGAAACCUGUGCUGAAGCAUGGGACUAUGGAGCCCUAAUCUACGCCAGAUAACAAAGAUGGAGAAAGUCAGAAUAACAGCUGGCUGGAAUUUCAGGCAAG